AUAUUUUUUUUUCGACAGUGCACUGCGCUACAUGAAGAAAAUGUCGUCGAUAGAAAGGAGCAGCCCAGCGCCCGAAACCGAUGAAGGAAUGAAAAGGCCCUCCGAAAAACGCGCGGAGGCCCCGGAUGGAGGCUGGGGGUGGUGCGUGGUCCUGGCCGGGUUUACCGUGUGUUUCUGUACGGCGGGGACGAUAAGGUCUCUGGGCGUGUUCUUUCUUGAGUUUGUUGACCACUUUGACACGACCUACGGGAAGACGUCCUGGAUCACGUCCAUCACGCUGGCAUCCAUGUACGGAGGAGGCCCCCUCGCGAGUCUGGCGAACAGAGCCGUGGGGCCUCGGUGUGCGGUGAUGUUGGGAGGAGUGAUGAGCGCCUGUGGCUGCAUGUUUGCCAGCUUCUCUACCAGGGUCGUCUACGUGUACCUAACUCUUGGCGUCAUGACAGCUGUCUUCCAGACAGGGAGGAAGUGA